UGCAAGGCGGAGAGGGCGAUAGGCGCGAGACUGAGGAAAUCCGCGCCGGGAGGCCCCGAGCUGGGGACGGUGCUGCUGAGGCGCCAAGGACCAAGGCGGCACGCUGAGCCCAAGAUGAGGGCGUCAGUGGUGCUGACCUGCUACUGCUGGUUGCUGGUGCGGGUGAGUGGCAUCCAUCCUGAAUGUCGCUUUCAUCUGGAAAUACAGGAAGAAGAGACAAAAUGUGCAGAGCUGCUAAGCAGCCAAACGGAGAGGCACAGAGCCUGCAGCGGUGUCUGGGACAACAUCACAUGCUGGCGCCCUGCAGACGUUGGGGAAACUGUCACGGUGCCCUGCCCCAAAGUGUUCAGCAAUUUCUACAGCAGACCAGGAAACAUAAGCAAAAACUGCACUAGCGAUGGAUGGUCAGAGACAUUUCCAGAUUUCAUAGAUGCAUGUGGCUACAACGACCCUGAGGAUGAGAGUAAGAUCUCGUUUUAUAUUUUGGUGAAGGCCAUUUAUACCUUGGGCUACAGUGUUUCUCUGAUGUCUCUUACAACAGGAAGCAUAAUUAUCUGCCUCUUCAGGAAGCUGCACUGCACAAGGAACUACAUCCACCUGAACCUGUUCCUUUCCUUCAUGCUGAGAGCCAUCUCUGUGCUGGUCAAAGACAGCGUGCUCUACUCCAGCUCAGGUAUACUGCGCUGCCACGACCAGCCAGCCUCCUGGGUUGGCUGCAAGCUCAGCCUGGUAUUCUUCCAGUACUGUAUCAUGGCGAACUUCUAUUGGCUUCUGGUGGAGGGUCUCUACCUGCACACCCUCCUGGUAGCCAUCCUUCCUCCCAGCAGGUGCUUCCUGGCCUACCUUCUGAUCGGAUGGGGCAUCCCCAGUGUGUGUAUAGGUGCAUGGACAGCAACUCGCCUCUCUUUAGAAGACACAGGUUGCUGGGACACAAACGACCACAGCAUCCCCUGGUGGGUCAUUCGGAUGCCCAUUCUAGUUUCUAUUGUAGUCAACUUUGCCCUCUUCAUCAGCAUUGUAAGGAUCUUACUUCAGAAGCUAACUUCUCCAGAUGUUGGUGGCAAUGACCAGUCACAGUAUAAGAGGCUUGCCAAGUCCACACUGCUGCUAAUCCCACUGUUUGGUGUCCACUACAUGGUGUUUGCUGCCUUCCCUAUUGGCAUCUCCUCCACGUACCAGAUCCUGUUUGAGUUAUGUGUUGGUUCCUUCCAGGGCCUGGUGGUAGCAGUUCUAUACUGCUUCCUGAACAGUGAGGUACAGUGUGAACUGAAAAGAAGAUGGCGAGGCCUGUGCCUGACCCAACCUGGGAGCCGGGACUACCGGCUGCACAGCUGGUCCAUGUCCCGGAAUGGCUCAGAAAGCGCCCUACAGAUACACCGUGGCUCCCGCACCCAGUCCUUCCUGCAGUCAGAGACCUCAGUCAUUUAGCUGUGUCCCUUACACAGAGCUGAUAGUUCUGCUGGGUUUGACAUAUGUGUUUGCCAGAUUCCUCUGCUGCCCCAGUGUCUGGUGCCUUAUUGGUUCAGCCCUGGUCCUUAACUCUGAUCCUCAUGUGUAACUUGAUUGAAACACCAAUUAUUAUUGUCAAACUCUGGCCUUUAAGCCAUCUUCUUCAUAAUAUGGCUCAGCCAUAUUCUACUUUCAAGGAGAGCAAGGAAGCCAGGUGGCCCUGAACAUCAAAACUGGAUUCUAGUUCUCUGAAGAGAACAAGGAAGAAGAUUCCAGUUCCCCUACUGCCUCCUGUCAGGGGGAACCAGGUCCAGAACCAGCUGAGCGUCACCACCCUGUGGCACCCAAUGCAUGCCUUUGGAUGUCUCUGAAAUUCCUCCUCAGUCUAUGGCAUACCACAGAAAGCAGUUGAGAGCAACCUUCUCAUCCUAGAAGCUUCCUGGUCCCUCUGGCCUUGAGUUGUGUCCUGUGGGACUACAUCUGGACAGCCACACCCUUGCCAUUCCCUGGACCAAAGAUAAGUCAAGGAGGAUAUUCAUGGUUCAUUGGCCAAACCAGGAACUCAUAUCCUCCUGAGGCACUUAGCAUCUGCUGCUUCCUACAAGUGGUGAGCAGCUCUGGAUCCCAUGCUGGCUGUUGUCAUGAAGGCCCUUGUAACUUGUCCAUUCAGCCCAGGGUUGUUCUCUAGCCAACAGAAAACUGUUGCAUUGUUAAAAAAAAAAUCACCAUCUUAAAAAUUGUUUAAAAAGAGAAUUAUUUUAUCAAAGUAUAAAACAGCAUCAGGUAUUCCUACCUGAUAUUUGCCAAUAACAGUCCAUAUUUUUCUGAUGUUAUUUGCAACUGUGGGCAAGCAGACCAGAGGAAAUGCUUGCUGUGAUUGAAAAAGCAGCUGAAGACAGAGAGUGCCUUUCCCUGCAGUGCUCAGAGACCCUGAAAGACUAUGUCGUGGUCCAGUGCAAGGACUGUAGGUUCUGGACCUAGUGUUCUGGCACUUCCCCCCCAACACAUAUAGACACACACACACACACACACACACACACACACACACACACACACACACACCAAGGAGAAGAGCUGCAAAAUGUUUUUCCUGUGGUUUCUGUGGCAUGUAGGCUCCAGCUAGUAUGAAUACAAAUGAUCUCAACCAUUGUGCCAGAGCCAGAGGUCUUGGCAGGGUCAGGGAAUCACAAAAGUAGGGGUCCCACUUCCAGUACAUGGGGGCUUUAGUACAGAAGAGAAGUAUCUAGAGACUAGCUGAGGUCCCAUCCCAUAGAACUGCCCCUGGACUUUUGCCUCCAUCGAUGCUUGAAACGCCUCCAGUUUGUCUGGAGCUGCAUGGGGCAGACACUUCAGAUGGUUUAGAAAACACCACUACUCCGCUGCCUUCCAGGCUACAAGGCUAGAGAACAAGUCAUGAGGAACAAAUGGGUUGGGUCAGGAACACUGAAAAGAGCUGUCGGCAGUGGCAAUGGGUGGAUGCUACAAGCCCUGGUGUCAGCCAUGCCUCUCUUCAUACAGAACUCACUGCUUAGUCAGCAGUUCUGAGGCCACACAGUUCUCUCAUAUCUGAAAGAGUCCUGUCAACAACUGGGUAUGACUCUGCCAUGACCCUGAAGAGACAUGUAGAACAUGUGAACACAAGCAGUCACUGAUUACACAGGGAACAUUCAGAUGUACAGGGACACCAUUCCCUCAGCCCAGCAUGUGCUAAUGCUAAACAGAGCUGGGUCCUUUCCCUGGUAAAGAGAUGGGCUGAUCACAAAGAGCCCACUGCUGGAACUCACCAAUAACAGAGGUGUAGUAACCAUAUAGCCAGCAUGUGACCUUACAUGUUAUAUGUGGAAUAUCUACAAACACAGAGUGGAACUAAGCUGUGUAUAUACUGCAAUA